AAGCUACGAUGACUACAAUCGUCGUCCUUACUGAAAUACCCCGCCACGAAACGAAGCGCUCUCGGGCACGUUCACCGCAUCGACAACGAACGGUGAGUGAUUGACUUGAGGGGGUUUUUCGGGACUGGUGGUGAGGAAGAAAUUAAAAAAGAAGAAAAGAAGAAAAAAAAAAAAAAUUAUUUGGCGACACAUCAAACAAAACGGGAUCCGACGUGGCAAGGAAGAGGAGUGUGUACGAUUUAUGCUAAGCGUCUGAUGGCGGCAAUGCGGUACGAUAGCUUUUUUUGAUUGCCACGGCGGGCCGCUCGGCCGCGGCUGGGGCGCGAUGCGGGUGGUACACGGCAUGCAUGACGAAGCGCCGCCUUUCUCUCCGAAAGAAGAGGGGUGUAUCUUCCGAGGUGCUGCUAAUGCUACUGCUACUGCUACUGCUGCCGCUGCUUUGCCUUGUUUGCCCUUCUGCUGCUGCUGCUGCUUUUUCUUUCAACCCUGGUUUCUGGUUUCUGCUCACCCUCCCCCGUUUUUGUCUCUCUUCCCGAUCUGACACGGUACGGUACGGUACGGUACGGUGCCCAAUGGGGAUGGGACGGGACGGGGACCGCGCGCGAGAGAUGGAAGGGGAUAACUAGCGGCCGCUGAUGAGGAAUGGAGUCUUUUCUUUUUUUUUUUUUUUUUUUCUUCUCUUUUUUUCUUUUACUUUUUCCUUUUUUUUUAUAAAGUUUCACUUUUUCUUCCUCUUCUUUUUCUUUUUUUUCUU